UGUCAUACAUUUAUCAAGUAUCAACUAUCAAAUGACAAAGUAUCAAAAUCAACGCUGUAUAAUAAGUUUCAAGUUUAUAACAUGAUUGAAAUAUAACCAAACGUUAAUAUUAAAUAACAUCCAUAUGAAAUAUAAUGGCGUUAACAUCAGGAAGGCUAGCGUAUUCAAAACACUUAUGUAAAGUUAAUAUCCGGUGCAUAUCGUUACAGGGCUAUAAAGCAAAGGAAACUAGCAUCAAAAAUUCACCUACAGCAGGAACGAGUGAGACUUGGAACCGAAGAGUUGUGACUGGGUUGCAACCGACAGGGGCACUGCAUGUGGGCAAUUACUUUGCGGCUGUACAGCGUUGCGUAAAGCUUCAGCAGCAGGGCGAUGAUCUUAUGAUAUUUAUCGCAGAUCUCCAUGCCCACACUACACAACAAAAUCCAACACAAAUUCAGAAAAAUAUAUUGGAAUUGACAGCAUACUUGCUUGCUAGUGGGAUUGACCCUGAACAAAGCAUAUUAUUCGCACAGUCGGCUGUGCCGCGUCAUGCCGAACUUUGCUGGCUUCUAGCCUGCCUCGCGACCCAUGCACGUCUUGCACAUCUGCCUCAAUUUAAAGAGAAAUCUGCUACUAUGAAGGAGGUGCCAAUAGGACUUCUUUUGUAUCCAGUACUUCAGGCAGCAGACGUGCUGGUGUAUCGCGGCACGCAUGUGCCAGUGGGCACAGACCAACUGCAGCACCUGCAGGUUGCAGCUCAACUCGUGCGCACCUUCCACCACCGAUAUGGACGGCUUUUUCCUACGCCCUCCCCAAUCCUACCAGAUGAUGGAAGUGAUCGUCUACGUAGUCUUCGUGAUCCCACAAAAAAGAUGUCCAAAUCCGACACGGACCCAAAAUCAAGGAUACUUCUAAGUGAUUCAGAUGAUGUCAUCAGAUUGAAAAUAAGAAAAGCCGUUACCGAUUUCAACCCACAAGUAACCUUCGAACCCGAUAGCCGUCCUGGCGUGUCCAAUCUCGUGACACUCCACUGUCUGGCAGCCGACAAACUUCCAGAAGAGGUCGUUCUGGAGGCAGAGGGAUUAACUACGGCGCGGUACAAGCAAAUGGUAGCGGACGCACUCGUGGCAGCGAUCCGGCCGAUCCGUGAACGAGCAAACGAGCUGCUGGCUCGACCGGGUCUGCUGCGACACGUGCUGCGUCACGGUGCCGCGCGCGCUCGCCGCCGGGCUGACAUCGUCUACGGAGACGUCGCGGAACGUCUCGGGCUCGCCAACGCCACACUCCAAACUUCUGAUGAGUUUAACAUUUCAAAUCAGAUAGUUCUUUUAGGAUCCAAAUCAAAGAAAGCAGUCGAACAUGGUGCAUGAACCUUCAUUCUACUUUAAAUAUUAUAUGUAGAGUUAGGCAACAUUUCGAGACGAAGCAAACGGGGUUACUCCAGUCCAGGACAAAAAUAAAAAUCUGCGUAGUUUAGAUUAGUUUAUUUGAAUAUAGAUCGAGAGAAUGAACCGAGAGUGGGGUCACAGUCUAUGGUGAUGAUGCUGCAUUGACAGGGUGUGGUCGGGCGGCGCUGCGUGAGGGGCGGCGUGUGGCGGUAAAGUGUGUUGUGGCAGCGCCGGUGGUCGGUCCCUAAGUAAGGUCACAAGGUCCCGCAGCAGCUCCACGGCCUGUGUGACUGCCUCUGCCUGCUUCUCUGCAGCGAGUGCACUGCGCAUGGCGGCCUCCGCCAACAGUUCCUCCGUAGCAAGACGCGGAGCGUCCCCUCCUCCCACUCCAGAGCCCUCUGAGUACAUAUCCUCGUCAAGCGCCGGCUUGUGCUCCUCGUCAGAGUGACUUCCGCCUCGUCGACAACCACCACCGCUUGCUGAUCAUAAAUAGGCAAUUGAAUAGUAAAUACAUGUAUUGCAUACAUUAUAUAUAAAUGAAGUGUAAAUAUCCUAAACCUUUUAACACAACUCUAGCUUACAUAAAUCAUUCAGAAUAAACUUUUGUAAAUAUA